AUGCCUCCGUUUCGCGUCACAACAUGGAAUGUAAACGGCAUCAGAAACCCAUUUGCCUACCAACCUUGGGUAGAGCAAAGAAGCUUCCAGGCCAUGUUUGAUAUCCUCGAAGCCGACAUUGUCGUCAUGCAAGAGACCAAAAUUCAGCGAAAGGAUCUGCAAGAUGACAUGGUCUUGGUCCCCGGUUGGAAUGUCUUCUUCAGCUUGCCCAAGUACAAAAAAGGAUAUUCGGGUGUCGCCAUCUACACUCGGAAUGCGACUUGUGCACCCAUCAGGGCUGAAGAGGGCAUCACUGGUGUGCUUUGCCCUCCAAAAUCCACAACAAGCUUCCGUGACUUGCCCUCGGAUCAACAGAUAGGAGGCUAUCCACGACCCGGCCAACUAUCGUGCGCCGUAGAGGAUUCCACUCUCGACUCCGAAGGGCGAUGCGUCAUCCUCGAGUUCCCUGCGUUUGUGCUGUUUGGAGUCUACAGCCCAGCCAAUCGAGAUGAGAGCCGGGAUGAAUUCCGCACGAGUUUCUUCGAAGCACUCGAUGUCAGGGUACGAAACUUGGUUGCCGCUGGGAAGCAAGUCGUCCUGGCUGGAGACUUGAACGUCAUUCGCUCGGAAAUGGACUCGACCAAUGUCCUCGACGCUCUGCGGAAAGAUGACAUGACGCUUGAAGAUUGGAUGUCUCUUCCGACUCGCCGCAUCUUCAACCAGAUGCUUUUCGAGGGCGCCGUUUACGGGGAACGCGACGAAGGGCGGGAAAAUGCUGUUCUCUGGGACCUGUGUCGAGUCUUCCACCCUCGCCGCCUAGGCAUGAACACUUGCUGGGACACCAAGAGAAACACGAGGCCUGCCAACAAUGGAAGCCGUAUAGACUACAUCCUGUGCAGCGACGGCAUCAAGGACUGGUUCACAUAUGCGGAUAUUCAGGAAGGUCUCAUGGGCUCUGAUCAUUGCCCUGUCUUCGCCACGCUUGCGGACACGGUCAGCAUCGACGGGGUCGAGACGGCGCUCCUUGACGCCCUGAAUCCGCCCGGCAUGUUCAAGCAAGGCAAGCGACUCCGUCAGCUAGGCCAGAAGGACCUCCUACCCCUCUCUGCAAGGCUGAUUCCCGAAUUCGACCGCCGGCAAAGCAUCCGAGACAUGUUCAAGAAAUCCGCACCCGCUGCUUCCAGUGAUGCCGCCCCCAGCUCGGAGCCAGCAUUCAGACCGGAAACUGUGGCUUCCAACACGCCAGCCGCUGACUUGCAGAGCACCAGCGCUUCGUCAAAAAAGAACGCCGACAUGGCAAGCACACCGUCUGCCGACUCACUGAAAAGGUCCUGCGAUCCUAUUGUUCCUCCGCCCAGGCCGCUGAAGCGCAGCAAAUCCACUGUAGAGCUCAACUCUUGCAAGCCAAAAAAGAACCCGGGGCAGAGGACGCUGCAAGGAUUUUUCAAGCCCGUCCCCUCGGUUGCCGCGGCACCUGCAACACUGAGCAGCAGCGAUGGACAGUCUGGCGGCUCGUCAAAACCCAUUGCCAAUCCAUUGGCACCACAGUCUCCGGGUGUAUCCGACGGGGAGAUGGCCUGUAAAAGCACGAGUCCAAACACGGCGCCGACAUGUGAUCAAGGCCAGUCAGCUACCGGGCCCAAGCCUCCAGGCGCAGCAUUCGAUUCCCAAGAAGCCAAAGAGUCCUGGUCAAAACUGCUGGGUAAACGGGUCGUUCCACGGUGCGAACAUGACGAGCCUUGCAUUAGCCUGGUCACAAAGAAGCCUGGUAUGAAUCGUGGGAGAUCGUUUUACAUAUGUCCUCGCCCUUUAGGUCCGUCCGGCGAGAAGGAAAAGGGAUCCGAAUGGCGAUGUGGAACGUUUAUCUGGAGCAGCGACUGGAACGGGACUUGA